CUAACGACGGAACCAACUGACCUUUAAAAGUUACAAAAUAAAUACAAAGCAAUACAAAGUGCUGAAUGAACAUGGCAACUUCCAGUGAUAAAAUUGAAAAUUGCGAAGUGUGCGGCGCGAACAAAGCAAAAUACACGUGUCCGAAGUGCGAGGUUAGAACUUGUUGUCUAGAAUGUGUGCAUAUUCAUAAAAGAGAAUUGGAAUGCAAUGGUAUUCGGGAUAAAACUAAAUACAAACCAUUAAAAUCAUUUACUGAUUUGGAUGUUUUAAGUGAUUAUAGAAUGUUGGAAGAAGUAGGCAGAACAGUUGAACACUUGAAAAGAGAUCCAUUUAGGAGAUGUACGCGCCUAAUUAGUUUACCAAUGCAUCUGCACAAGCUACAGGCAGCUGCACUUAAGAGGAAAACUUCUUUGCAAUUUAUGCCACAACAUUUUAGUAGACACAAAAACAAUACAACUUUUUUGAAUUGGAAAACUAAUGAAUUAUAUUGGAGAAUUGAAUGGAUCUUUCCUCAGGCAGAGUGUACAAGGUGGAUUACAGAGAGGGCCUUGGAAUCCCAAAGAUUAUCAACACUUAUAGAAGAAAUUUUAGAUCCUGUUAAAUCAUUAGGUAAUAAAAAUGACAUAGAAGAAUUAAACCUUAGGCUGCGUCUAAGUGAAAAGCUACAGUUUUAUCAAGCAGCUGACUUAUCUGGAAUUAAAGUUCUUUUGAAAGCAGAAAAAGUUGCCAAAUCAGAAUUGAGGUAUUAUGAAUUGGAUGUUACACUUACAUUGAAAGAAAAUUUGGAAAAUAGGACUAUAAUAGAAUUUCCAGUCAUAUAUGUAAUUUUAAAGGAUCAUUCUUACAUGUAUGAUAUUAUAGAUACUGAUGACGAAGAUGUAAAUAACUCUGAGUCUAAUGAUAUUAAUGUGAUAAGAAGAAAAAAACGACCAUACAAUGAAAUGAAAACCAAGGGAGGAAAAGACUCGACUAUAAAUUAUUUUUUCAAUUCUGAUCUUUCCGAUUCAGAAGAUGAAAAGCCAAAUGUACGAAAUAAAACUUUGUCUAACUUUAAUAUACCAGAUUAUGACGAACUAGUUAAAAGGGAACUUUAGAUAGAUUACUUUGUAUGAUAAUUAAGAAAUUUGUACAUACAUCAAACCAAUAGUUUUUAGCGAGUCAAACAAUAAUACAAGUUCAUUUUUUUUAUUUAAAUACAACGAUUUUUAUGACUUAAUACAUCUGAAUGAUAUGGAAAUAAAAUAACAUUAACAACAUAAA